AUGGUGGAAUUUAUAAGGGACUUUGACAUAAAGCUAAACAUGGAAGAACCAUAUGAGGUCAUAGCCUACGUUCAGGUCCAGCCACUAAUUAUUAGUAAAAUCAUUGAAGCCUGGGAAGGCGAUGAAUUAUUAAAAAGGAUAAAAGAAAGAGUGGGAAAUAAUGCAGAAUCCGAGUGGAGAGUCGUUUUUGAUGGAGGAUUGUGGUACCAAGGCUGCCUUUGUGUCCCAAAUCUUCAUGGACUGCGCGAAGAAGUCAUAAAUGCUACCCACAACUCCAAACUGGCAAUGCACCCGAGUAACACCAAAAUGUAUCGUGACCUAAAGCGAAACUAUUGGCGGGACAACAUGAAAGGAGAAAUAGCGAAUUUUGUGUCCCGAUGUCUCACUUAUGAACAGGUCAAGGCCGAGCACUACCGACUGCCGGGCCUCUUGCAACCCAUGCUCUUGGCUGAAUGGAAAUGA